CAACGUGGCUGUUCUGAUGGGUCUCGUGGGCAUCAUAUUAUUGGCAACAGGGGGCAGCAGAAGCCUGGUAACAGAGGAUGCACACACGACCAAGCACGCAAACGUCGUUCGCACGUCCGCUGGUCUCGUCGAAGGCGUUCAGCUAACGGCCCACGGCAGAACGCUGCACGCCUUCUAUGGGAUUCCGUUCGCUGAACCUCCGACGGGCAAUAGCAGGUUCCGUCUGCCGACGCCCAAGACCCCGUUCACGACCGUCUUCAACGCCAAGAAACUGAGAGCCGAAUGUCCCCAGCUGGCGUACACUUUCAAUAAGGAACGCAUCAACGUGUCUGGUUGGAGCGAGGACUGCCUCCACCUGAACCUGUGGACUCCCAACCUGCUCUUCGGAAAUGAAAGUCUCAAGGCAGUUGUGGUCUACCUCCACGGUGGCGGAUUUCAGAACGGGGGUAACAACCUACAGGUCUAUGACGGACGUCACUUUGCGGCCCUGGGCGACGUGGUUGUGGUGGUGCCCAACUACAGACUAGGCAUCUUCGGUUUCCUGUACGCGGACUCUGCACAGGCACCAGGGAACCAGGGACUCUGGGACCAACGCCUGGCCCUGCUCUGGGUGCGAGACAACGUGCAAGUAUUCGGAGGGGACCCCGCCCGAGUGACGCUGAUGGGGCAAAGCUCGGGCUCUGUCUCGGUCGGGUACCAUGUGCUGUCACCACUCACGCGUCACCUGUUCCUUCGGGCUAUCAUGCAGAGCGGCAGUCCUUUCUACAAGAUCGAAGAGAAUAAGAUAACGGGUCCCGGGAAGGCUAAGAAGCUGGCGAGUCGGCUGUGCGGUACUCCCUUGACAUGGUCAACGAACGCCGCGGUCAAGUGUCUACGCGAACAGAGCGCUCAGAAGCUGCUGCGGGGGGUUGCACAACUACUGGGCAUCAAGUCCGCAUCCUUCGUUCCCACAUUUGGUGACAAUCUAGUACCGCGGAAUCCGCUCGCCAUGAUGUUCAACGCCACUAUUAAACCCGUCGAACUCCUGAUCGGCAUCAAUGAGAACGAGGGGUCCUACUUCCUCCUAGAACUAUACCGGGCAAUGGGGAUCAACGACCCGUUUCGGAUGAGCUCCAGCCAGCACCUGGCGAUCAUGAAGCAGCUGAUGGAGUACGCCCUGUGGACAACGCCUGAAGACCUGAUGAAGAGCUUACUCCUCAACGUCAGGGAGGGAACCUCGAUCCCGGACGUGGUUCGGUACGUCGCCGAGGGCAUCGGAGACGUCGUUGUGCGGUGUCCCACUCUCUAUUUCUCCGAAGCCCUGGCGAACUCCACGUCACGCAUCUACUGUUACGAGUUCGACUACCGUCCAGAGAAAGGCAGCUUCCGGUGUCCGUGGAUGGGCGUGACGCACUUCGACGAGUUCCCGUUCGUCUGGGGUUACGUCUUCGAUAGGGCAGAUCUGGCCUCGUUCAAGGACAUGGAGUACAGCGAACGAAUGAUCCGUCUUUGGAGCUCCUUUGUAAAGAAUGGAGCCAUUUCAACCGGCGAAGAGACGCCUUGGCCCCAUAAUCAUAAGGAGAUGAAGCGUUGCAUGGCGUUCAGAGAUAGAACGCAGUUGUUCUCUAUGACAGUUAGACGGACGUGCUCCGUUUUGAAGCAGUAUCUUAAACCGCAAUGAUGAAAGCGUAAAAAGAAAGAAAAAAGAAGAAAAGGCCGCAGAGU